UCGCCGAAGGGGGCCCCUUUAAUGGCUGAGGUGGCUCUCCUGAGUGCUUCGUACCGACCGACGCUCCCCUCGCAUAGAUGUCCACAAUUAUCGAGGAUGGAUCGCCUCACCAGCAGGACUGACUGACUGACUGACUGACUGAGCGCUCGGGUUCGGAGCGGACAUGUACUUGGCACCGCCGACCCCCGAGCCUGAGGGGGGUGGCGGGGAGAUUGGAAGCUCCAGCUGGACGCAGCUGAGGCUGACUUGGAUUCGCGGGCGUGGGAGAUCAACUGGAGAAUGCCCCGGAGGCUUGAAGCUAGAGGCCCGACCUAACCGUCGCACCGUGCCAAAGUUCGCAUGGGGCGGCUGGGAUGGGCGAUCUGGCCAAGAUCGAGCUGGUAGGGUUCAGACGGGCCUGAGCUCCUUGGUGGGAUUUACCGGUGGAUGUCACCAUCUGCUUGUUAUUGCCUGGUUGUUGCUUUCGAGAAUCCUACGUAAAUCAGGGAGCACAAAUGUCAGCGAAUACUACCACGUCCCGUCCCUACCUACAGCCGCCGUUGUUACCUCGGUCCAAGACCAGCAUUGUCCAAUAUCCGACACCUCGCCUGACGUCACUCUCCUCCUCGUCUAUUAUUAUUAUUUCUUCUUCCACAGAGCACGGAGCAAUUGACCCUUUCCCUCUUUCGUCCUGAACAGCUCCGCCUGUUCGUUUGCCAGCGGCCGUGGUUCGUCGACCGUAGGUAGUACAGCGCGGUGGGUAAUGAGCCGCACCAGGUCCAAGACCCUGACGAUGCGCUAGCACCUUCAACCCAAUUCCGUCAAUUUGCU